UCUGACAGAUAACAUGUUUACGUUCAGUUCAUGGGCCAAGGUCCAACCUGCCAGCAUUGGACGUGCAAAUUGAGUGGGAGCCUAUGUUAAUCAUCGACUGCAUUGAUCUGUGUGGUGGUGUGCUCAUUACAUGCGUCGACGGGCAGGAACACAGAAAGGCUCAGCGUGAAUAUCAACCGUUUACUCAGGGACCGUAUGCAGUGCAGAAUGGGUAAAAACUGAACACUACAUUGAUGAACGAUGGGUUGAUCCUUUGGUUGCCAUGGAUUUAUGAUCUGUCGACUUGUUUCCUUUGUUGUCAGCUGACUCGAGAUUGUCUAUGCAGCGACUGAAUCUAACGCACACGUCGCACCGACCCGGUGGCAAACCUUCGAGCAGAAUGGCGGCAUGAUUCCGACAGACAGCUCGGCGGAGAUCCCCAAAGCCGUACAUCGGGUCGGUAUGUUACUCACGAAACUCCUCCUCGUCUGACAUGACCGGAAGUUUUAUGAGAACAUGCGUAUCCAUUUAUGAGCUGGCAAAUGUGACCACCAAAUAAAAGCAGAUUGCGAGCAGAGGUGAACCGUGCCCCUGGGCCCUAUGCGUGAAAAUAGCAACGAUGGUGGUAAAUUAUUUUAUAGCGUAGUGGCAUCGGAGCUGCGUUAAUUGAACGGAGAGAGGUUACAGCCGUAAUGUUGACUAGACGACGGCUGGUGCUUGUACUUGCAUUGCUCACCGCGCUAUACUGUACAAGCUGGUUCAAGAUCAUGACGUGGCCGUCGCUCCGUCAGGAUAAAGGCACACAGGAGAUUCAUGACAUGAACAGUGACAAGUCGUUGACCGGCAGGCGGAAGGUCACGCCGAAAGCAACCCAGGCAGCCAUCUCAUACCCACCCCUUUACAGCCAGAAGGAGAUUAACCCACACAGCUUCAGCUUUCUGAUCGCCAACGAGGACGCCUGCGCCCCGGUAGACAACUCCUCUGUCUUCCUGGUCAUGCUGGUCAAGAGCGGCGUGGGUGACGUCUUCGACAGACAGCAGAUCCGGCGGACGUGGGGCGGGGACACCGUGGUGAAGGACAGGCGGACCAUCACUAUGUUCCUACUGGGGACCACCACCAACAGAAAUACCACAGCGUCAGUCCAACGGGAGAAUCACGAGUACAGUGAUAUCAUCCAGGAGGACUUUGUGGACUCUUACCGGAACCUGACAAUUAAGAAUAUGAUGGGCCUGAAAUGGAUCACCAUGUUCUGCCCCAGUGCUACCUACGUAGCGAGCGUGGACGCGGACGUGAUGCUCAACGUGCACAACCUGGUGACACGGCUAGAGGGGAAUCCCCGCAGGCAGUACGCAGAAGGGAGCCUCCGGACUAAGGCCACCCCGGUCCGUGACUCGGAAGGCCCCUCUAAGAAGUGGUACACACCGAAGGAGGUGUACCCAGAGGCCACCUAUGCGCCUUUCUUCCCUGGCUCCUGCUAUGUCAUGUCCGGGGACGUGGCAGUCAGCAUCUACCGGGAGUCCGUCCACGUGCGUUACCUACCUUGGGACGACGUCUUCGUCGGCCUGGUCAUGAAGCGCAUCGGAGUCACCCCAGUCCAGGGCAAAGGCUACGAAAGAUACCCCCGGACGUACGAAAGCCACGCGCUAAAGUGGACGUUGAAACGCAGUAUAGCCGUGAUCAUUCGCCAUCAAAAAGAGAAAGUGGACGAGAGGUUGAUCCAGAUUUGGCACAUGGUCGCUGACGCAUACCACCACGACAAAUUCGGCAAGAAUGAUGUCCUGUUUAUUUUUAUCUCUGUCUUUGGGAUUCUGCUUGUGUACAUAUUCAUUGUGAUGACAUUCAUUAUCAAAUGUAAGGAGGACGAAGCCGAUUUGGAUGGUUAUGAAAGCGACGACAGUAUGAUCUGACCUUCUGGAAAACCCCCCACUUAUGUGAUACAUCUGGACUUAAUUGGCGGAGUUUUUAAAAAAUUAAAACCCCUGCUCAUGUACAUGUAUUUCUUAAUUUAUUUUAUGUAUGGACUCUGAUUUUUUUCAUAGCUGAGUGAAUCUUCCACUCUCUCUGAAACAACGGUCACUGCGAUGUUGAGACAGUGACAGAAUUCAAGUUUGUUAUUUUACUUCUAGAUUUUAUACCUUGAAUGAUAAUCCACGAAGUCGGGCUUUGUAAUUACGGAGACAAGAUGUAGACGAUAUUCUAUUCAGGAACCUUGGAAAGAACACAUCUUCUCUGACAAAACGACAGGUUGCAUACAUACUUAUUUUCUGGGAAAAUACUUCACUUUACAUGCGAACUGGACGGAUAUUUGUCACAAUAGUGAAAUUUCAUCUGAAAUAAAUUUGGCCUCGCCCUUGAACGGUGUUCGCCCAGUACAGGAAUGUAACCGUGGGGGAAACGUACAAGCAUGGAUGAGGCAUGAACAGAGCUGUAUAUAGAGAGAGUAGUACCAACUUCAGACUUGGGAACCAAAAUGGCUGGCUAUUAUAAACAGCAUGCAGCUAUUGUGUGCUAAUUGUCUAUUUGGACUGGCGCGCAUAAUCAACCAUUCUGUCUCCCAACAACUGACACACUUAUGUCGCAACCCUCUGUGCAGCUCUGGUCAGGAAUAUUGUAUAGCGCCCUCAAUGAAAUGUGUAAAGUGGACACUCUAGUGUUCCCGUGUCUCCUGAUUUAUGUUUUGAGAAAUGUUUGCAGAGUUGUGAUAAGGGAAUAAUGGGCUUGAAAUAGAUAUCAUUGUGAGAUACUUACAAAGGUCACUGUGUUUACGAUCCCUGCAAUGUAGCGCGGGGGGGAGGGUUGUCACAAACGGAAUGUGAUUUUAUUUUUGAAAAUGACGGUGAUCAAAAAUUUCACACAAACCCAACAAAGAUAACAAAGGAACAGUUUGAUAGCGUUUUAAGUGAUCAUUAAAAAGAUUAAAAAAUGAA